GGAGGUCUCGCUGGCUGGUGCCAGGACCCCAGUUGGUGCAGCCCCCAACACCACCACCUCCUCCGGCUAUAUAGGCACCCGAGCCGUCCGCAGAGCUCACGUUAGUGCCUGAGUGCUGACGGGACCCGUCGCGCGUCCUCUGCUACUCGGCGAAAUACACGCACGCACGCGCACGCACGCGCACACAGUCAGCCGGUGACAACAGCCACUCCCAAGUUUACUGCCGCCUCUCUCUCCCUGCGUGACAGCCACCAUGCGUGAGUGCAUCUCGGUACACGUCGGGCAGGCCGGCGUGCAGAUCGGCAACGCGUGCUGGGAGCUCUUCUGCCUGGAGCACGGCAUCAUGCAGGACGGCACCCUGCAGGACAAGCAGUCGCAGAGUGCCCUGGCCGCCGCCGCCACCGUCGCCGCCGGCAGCGGGGGCAGCAGCGGCGGCGGCGGCGGCGCGCCGAGGCCGCACAGCGACCGCAAGGACGCGUUCAGCACCUUCUUCAGCGAGACCGACGCCGCCAAGUACGUGCCCCGCGCCGUCUUCGUCGACCUGGAGCCCACCGUGGUCGACGAGAUACGCACGGGCCCGUACCGCCAGCUCUUCCACCCCGAGCAGCUCAUCACGGGCAAGGAGGACGCGGCGAACAACUAUGCGCGCGGCCACUACACCAUUGGCAAGGAGAUUGUCGACCUGGUGCUCGACCGCAUCCGCAAGCUGGCCGAUCAGUGCUCGGGGCUGCAGGGAUUCCUGAUCUUCCACAGCUUCGGGGGUGGCACGGGCUCGGGCUUCACGUCGCUGCUCAUGGAGCGCCUCUCGGUCGACUACGGAAAGAAGUCCAAGCUGGAGUUCUCCAUCUACCCUGCGCCACAGGUGUCCACCGCCGUGGUGGAGCCCUACAACUCCAUCCUCACCACCCACACCACCCUGGAGCACACCGACUGUGCCUUCAUGGUCGACAACGAGGCCAUCUUCGACAUCUGCCGCCGCAACCUGGACAUCGAGCGCCCCACCUACACCAACCUCAACCGCCUCAUCGGCCAGAUUGUGUCGUCCAUCACGGCCUCGCUCCGCUUCGACGGCGCCCUCAAUGUCGACCUCACCGAGUUCCAGACCAACCUGGUGCCCUACCCGCGCAUCCACUUUCCGCUGGUCACCUACGCGCCCAUCAUCUCGACCGAGAAGGCCUACCACGAGCAGCUGUCCGUGGCUGAGAUCACGACGGCCUGCUUCGAGCCGGCCAACCAGAUGGUGAAGUGCGACCCACGGCACGGCAAGUACAUGGCGUGCUGCAUGCUGUAUCGCGGCGACGUUGUGCCCAAGGACGUCAACAACGCCAUCGCCGCCAUCAAGACCAAGCGCAGCAUCCAGUUCGUCGACUGGUGCCCCACGGGCUUCAAGGUGGGCAUCAACUACCAGCCUCCCACGGUGGUGCCGAGUGGCGACCUGGCGCGGGUGCAGCGCGCCGUCUGCAUGCUCAGCAACACUACGGCCAUCGCUGAGGCCUGGGCUCGCCUGGACCACAAGUUCGACCUCAUGUACGCCAAGCGCGCCUUCGUGCACUGGUACGUGGGGGAGGGAAUGGAGGAGGGGGAGUUUGCCGAGGCCCGGGAGGACCUGGCCGCCCUGGAGAAGGACUACGAGGAGGUCGGGGUCGACUCCCUGGAGGGCGACUGCGAGGACGGGGAAGAGUACUGACCCGUUGACCCAUUGACCCGGUGACCUGGCCUUCCCUUGCCAGUGCCAUGGGCCUUCGUGGCUGCUGCCUUAGCUAUCGUCAGACGCGAACACAACUCAAACGCCAAAGGGGCUGCGCUCGUAAAAAUGAAUUCUGUAGCUCGCUUAUUCAUUCAUUCAUAAAAAGGUAAAGGUACAGCCCUGCAAUUUUUUGCUCGCACAACUGCUGGCAGAAGGGCCUCGGCUAGACGGAGCGCUAGAAAGACUCUCUAGAGGGUAUUGGCACGCCAAAUCCAUCUCACCUUUUGUAUGCAAACUUAAAAGCAUUAUAAGAAUACCGGGUACAAUAAUACUGGAUAGUAUUAUAUGCAUAAUGCUUUCGCGGUAGUGCCGUACACUGACAAUCCCUCCUCCAAGUCCAGCCUAGAAGCGUUCUGGAGAAUAUCGAGUGAGACAUGAAGCCCUGUGUCAUGGAAAAGCGUGGUGUCUGGGUAAUGGAUUAGUGAGGUGGCGGGGGGCAGCGUUUUCAUUUUUUUCUUUCAGAACCCAAACAUUUUCCUAUCCUCAGCAACGAUAACGAUGGAAUAGACAUUGAAACGUGGACACCGCGAUGCUUGUUUAGGAGCGCAGCCACCGUGCGAUGUUCAGCUUACAACGCAGCGCACUGAUGCGACAUUCAAAUACACAGUCUGUCAACGCCA